AGUAUAAAAGCCUCCGGCGGGCAGGCAGAAGGGAUCAGGCGAGCUGGCAGUGCAGGCUGACGCCAUGGCGCGGGCAGUGUACGGAUUCCAGUCAGCCCGGGCGGGCAACGGGAGCGAGGGUCCAGCCAUCGCCAUCAACAACCCUGCCGACAUCUCCGUCAUCGUCAUCUACUUCCUGGUGGUCCUGGCUGUGGGGCUCUGGGUAAGCCCAGUACUGGGGGGGCCGGGGAUUUGUGGUGUGGAGCCGGUGGGGCUGCAGGGCAGCGCUGCUCAGGUGGAGCAGACCAGUGGGGACGUGGAAUCAGAGAAGGACGCCCCUACUGUCCGCCGGGGGGGAGUGCGCCGCGCCGCGAGGCUGGACCUGUCAUCUGAAGCCGCUCCUGUCUCUUUCCAGAUCGGCGCCUCCCUGUUUGCCAGCAAUAUCGGCAGCGGGCACUUCGUGGGGCUGGCAGGGACGGGGGCCGCGGCUGGCAUCGCCAUCGGGGGCUUCGAGUGGAACGCGCUGGUGGUCGUGGUCAUCCUGGGCUGGCUCUUCGUGCCCAUCUACAUCAAGGCCGGGGUGGUGACGAUGCCGGAGUACCUGAAGAAGAGGUUCGGGGGUCAGCGCAUCCGGAUCUACCUGUCUGUUCUGUCGCUGCUGCUCUACAUCUUCACCAAGAUCUCAGCAGACAUGUUCUCUGGAGCGAUAUUCAUCCAACAGGCGCUAAACCUGGAUAUCUACCUGGCUGUGAUCCUGCUGCUCCUGAUCACAGCUCUCUACACCGUCACAGGUGGACUGGCUGCAGUGAUUUACACCGACACUCUGCAGACUGUCAUCAUGGUGGUCGGCUCUUUCAUCCUCAUGGGCUUCUGCUUCGGUGAGGUCGGGGGUUAUGAAGCCUUCAAGGACAAGUACAUGAAGGCUGUGCCCUCCCUCAUCUCGGCUCCGGGACUCAACAUCAGCAAGAGCUGCUACACCCCGCGGCCCGACUCCUUCCACAUCUUCCGCGACCCCGUCACCGGCGACCUGCCCUGGCCCGGCCUCGUCUUCGGACUGACCGUCCUGGGCACCUGGUACUGGUGCACUGACCAGGUGAUCGUGCAACGCUGUCUGUCUGCCAAGAACAUGUCCCACGUGAAGGCCGGCUGUAUCCUCUGCGGCUACCUCAAGCUGCUGCCCAUGUUCCUCAUGGUGUUCCCUGGCAUGACCAGCCGCAUCCUGUACCCAGGCCUGAUGCUGUCUGUGAUGCUGGCGUCUCUGAUGAGCUCCCUGACCUCCAUCUUCAACAGCGCCAGCACCCUCUUCACCAUGGACAUCUACACCAAGGUCCGCCGCCGCGCCUCCGAGAGGGAGCUCAUGAUUGCCGGCAGGGUGUUCAUCCUGGUCCUGAUCGGGAUCAGUAUCGCCUGGAUCCCUGUGGUACAGACGGCUCAGAGCGGCCAGCUGUUUGACUACAUCCAGUCCAUCACCAGCUACCUGGGGCCGCCCAUCGCCACCGUCUUCCUGCUAGCCAUCUUCUGGAAGCGCACCAACGAGCCGCCCGUGCCCCAAGGGGACCCCAGCUGCUGGAGGAAGGCCUACAACUGGUUCUGCGGGUUCGAGCAGAGCACCGGCCCCCAGCUGAGCGCCGAGGAGCAGGCGGAGCUGCAGAGGAAGCUGACCGACACCACCGAGCAGCCGCUGUGGCGGAACGUGGUCAACAUCAACGCCAUCAUCCUGCUGACCGUCGCUGUCUUCUUCCACGGCUUCUUCGGGUAGAGCUGCCCGCGGCGUGGGGGCGUGGGGGCUCUCACCGAGCUGGACCCUCACAGCGCUGGACCCUCUCCGCACUGGACACUCACAGCUCUGGACAGUCACAGUGCUGGACACCCCUGCGCUGGACACCCACGGUGCUGGACUCUCACCGCCCUGAGCCACCAUCACCUCCGUCCUCUCUCCUCCCUCUGGUCUGCACUCCCACCUUCUGACAGCGAUUGUCAUGGCCUUGAGCACCGGUGCAGCCCGACUCCAGGGCCCGGAAGAGAGGGGACCGAUCUGGACCGGAGCUGUGGACAAGACUGGCGUGCUACAGCGAGGCCCGGUGACCCCAGGGUGAAGCGCAGAGAGGAACCCGGGUCCUGAGCCCAGCAGCACCGGGCCCGGUGUCUGCUCCCUCAGCGUCCCGCACACGGGCCUGGGUUCUGGUCCCUUCCCCUCCCUCCUGCAGAUUAAAACAACUCCCUGGCUCUGGCCAAACUCUAGACACACUUCCAGCUCCUUCCGGGCUCGGACCGUCCGCCCUCUGUAGCCCAGGAGCCCAAGACCCGGCCCGGUCCGGCCCGGUCCGGCCCAGCCCGCUGUCCUCAGGUAACCCCUGGACCAACACAGGUGUCUGUUAGCCUGCUGGGCCCAGGACCCUCUGCCUCUGGGUCCAGAACCCAGACCACCCACGCACGGCCCAACACAAGUCUGGACCGCCGUCAGGGCUUCCUGGACAGCGUGCCGGAUCGUUCCGAGAUUCCCUCCAGUGCAGCACAGCCCUUUCCCCCGGUAGAUUGUUUAUAAUUAAAUGAGAGCGGGGCUUCCUGUCCAAGGAAAGGGCCUGUGGGUGAAUGUUCUCGCGUUGAGGACCUGCCGUGUCCCAGUGUGAAUAAAUGAACUAUUUCCUC